AUGUGUUUAUUCACAUAUCAUCUUUCCAUCUUUAAAAUUGUUUGUAUUGAAUACUACAAUGGCUCGUGGUUUGUGGUUGCGAUGAAGGUGCCGUCAUCACGGUCGUUUCUACCGUUCAACGUGAAUUCGUCGUUGAUACGUCUCGAAGUUGAUGGUGAUGAACUUCUGAAUAUGACUGAAUAUCAUUCUAUGUACACUUUAGUUUUUAUCCAUAAUUUCAAUUCAAACACAGAAAUGAAUAUGGUGGUCUAUGGGUGCGCACAAGAUGACGGAUACGGUAACUGUCUUCCAAAUGAGGAACUAGUGAUAAUAAUGAGUAACUCUCGGCACCCACAGACGCUUCAGCUGUUCAAAUCGGCAAAACUUAUUGAGGACGCGGCUUGCAUCGAUAUUUUGCAAUUUCAAACACUGGACACCUACACGGCUUGCGGUGAUGAAGUGGUAGAUGAGGAUCAGAAACUGAUUCACGCUAAAAUCGGCGAGAACAACGAGUUCGUAGAUGUUGAAUGUCGGGUGGAAAACCAAAAGACGCCUUCCACAAAUAUUCGAGUUUUCUUUGAUGAACCACGAGUACUCACUGUAACGGCUUACAUUGACCCAUCACUAGUGAAUGAACAAAUCUCCCAUAUCAGCUGCGUCUAUACGAAUAAGAGUAACGCCAUCUGUGAAUGGAUACGUCAGAACAAGUGUUUCAAAACUCAACUCACCCAGAGUUUUAACGGUGAAUCUGCGCUGCAUGUGGUAUCGAACUACACGCGUUUGGAUGGACAUGAUACCAAUAUUGACUGGUCUGGAACCAUCAUAUGGGAAAAUGGUGAUGAAUAUAUUACGAUACAUUGCUUCGUAAUCGGACUGGAUGGGGCGUGUGAUUCGUGGAGAGUAUAUGUAUGGUCAGACGAGGAUCAUAUGGAUCAGCCAACAAUCCAUCAAAUCUACAGACAAUUACAGACGUUUUGUAUCGAUCCCACCGAUCUUAUAUUCUUAAACACUUUUCGUAAGUUGUACUUCGCAGCCGAUUUGAAUGCUGAUCCAAAGAUAUUUCUUCAGUCGGCCGUUAUCAGUUUAACACCCAACGAUACCGAUCCAUCUAUGAUGCAUGUUCGUUAUUACGCUCAAAAAGAGUCCGACAGUGAAUGCAUUGGUCCUGGUGAUGGCAUAGCGAUUCUACUCGACAACUAUACAGUCGACGUCACCAUAGAAUAUCGUUAUAGUCUGGUGCCGAAAUUUCGGAAUACUAUGAAUUUUAAAUAUCAAUUUCUUUACGUUGAUAAUCAACGAGCCGCUCUGUAUUGGUGCUUCUUGAGAGCAGAAAAUGGGAGUUGUAUCCAGCAUGACGUCAAUUUGAUGAUAAGAUCUCGUCAUUUCUCCCACAAUGAUCUGUCAAUGAUGUUACCGUAUCUCGAGAUGGUGUGCAUAGAGAAGGACAGCCUUCGUUGGUUCGAUCUACAUUCUCAAUGUGGCAGUGAAAUGUCGGCAUCAACUCAGUUACGUCGUGAUUUGAUCACACUUUCUCAUUACGACGUGUUACAUAUUCUUACGAAUGUGCAGAAACCAAAAUGCUUAGUUCACGAGGUCAAAGGUGUUCGUGCAGAUCUCGGAGAUAAAGCCGGCACGUGGUUUCUGAUGGCUAGAUUCGAUGAGAUGGCCUUAGACACCUAUGCGAUGGUAAUGCGACUGACGGCCGUUUCUAACACGACAGCAGUACUGCGCCUGUUCCAAUCGGCAGCUUUACCAGGAGAGCCGUUAGCUUGUUUCACUCGAGUCUUCACCGUGAAAGAACUGCAGAACGGAUCCGAUUAUUUUUACGAACUUCAUUUCGAGGCGUCAACAAAAAAUUCUACAACAAUGAUCUUUCGUUUUUUGUUCUUCAAUCGUCAUGUCGGUGUGUUGUACUCAUGUCUAAGAAUCUCUGUCGAUGGUAAAUGUGAUGAACGAGCAGUCUAUGUGAUAUCACGUCAUGAAACUAUCGAUCAUGCCGAACUGAUUGUUCUGGAAAAAGUAGCCAAAGCCGUAUGUGUCGAUCCACAAGUGCUAUAUCAUACGGCUUCAUUUGAUGAAUGCGUCUACGAUCAUGCUCGACUUCGUCCACCGCUUUGUAGUUCGAUCGAAGUCGACUCGUCGGUCGCCGAAUGGGAACACCUGAAUACCGAACAGAUUACGGUAACACUCCUACAAUUUGUUAUCACUUCCAAUUUGAAAAAAAACACUACCUUUUUCAGUAUGACUGAUUGUGUUAAACAACCGGUACAGAUGGAGUACUCGACGCGAAAUAGACUUCUCGUGAGGGUUAAUGGCGAAGUUGUGUUACUACAUCCGGUAGCCUCACGUUCAGAACUUUUCCUGAAGGAAGCGCAACUGACUGGUUCUCUACCUUGUCUUCAUCCGAUCCAGGAACUAAAUGCGACUUGUGUAGAACUUCUGCCGCCAACCUGUGAAGGUGCUGACCCACUCCGAAUGGCUGAGCAGCUUCAUGGAGAAUGGGUGCUAUAUGCGGCUGAUCCAACCUAUGUGCUCAACUGGAAGUGUAAGGUGGAGCCGUUCGGUAUCAAUCAGCACGAGUUCAUUUGUCAAAGCGAAGGUUGGUUCGGUGAGUGCGAAAGAGACACUCGAGCCGUGCUGACGGUUGACGCAUGGGGUGGAUUCGGCCUUUCGACAUCGUCUCCAGUUCAUAUUCCAUCCGAACUUAUGUCAUCAGGAAAUAUUUCGGUGACGUCCACACGACUACUGCUGAUGAGCGAUGGUGAUCUCGUGGGCCGACGGUAUAGUGUAUGGCUUCGGCCUAAUUAUGAACCUGACGACGAGCUGGCAACCGAGUUGUCACGUUUCUGCAUUUGGCCAUUACCCGCACAAAUACGUGGUCGACAAUCGAACUGCUAG